GGUUUGAUGUUUGACGGUCUCUGUGGACGCCCCUACCUACCGCUUCCAAUUGCGAUUCCAAAAUCCACCUCCCUUUCCUCCUUCAAUUCCGUCCUCUCUAUCUACUCCUUCAAAUUCAAACCCCAUUUCCUCCCUCAACUCCGAAAAAUUCCCUCCGCCCAUGCCCCGGACGACGUCCCCGCCAUGCACUGCCACCACCUCCCUCUCCAUAACCGAAACCAUAAACGGCUCGCAUCGAUUCACCAUCCAGGGUUACUCCUUGGCCAAAGGUAUCGGCAUCGGCAAACACAUUGCCAGCGAGAAUUUCACCAUUGGCGGUUACCAGUGGGCCAUUUACUUCUACCCCGACGGUAAGAAUCCCGAGGACAAUUCGUCCUAUGUCUCUGUCUUCAUCGCUCUCGCCAGCGAGGGCACCGAUGUCCGCGCCUUGUUCGAGCUCACCCUUAUUGAUCAGAGCGGUGAAGGCAAGCACAAAGUCCAUAGCCACUUCGAUCGCUCCCUUGAGAGUGGCCCUUAUACGCUCAAGUACCGCGGCAGCAUGUGGGGUUACAAGCGUUUCUUUAGACGGGCAUUGCUUGAAACGUCGAAUUUCCUAAAAGGUGAUUGCUUGAAAAUUCACUGCACUGUUGGGGUUGUGGUUUCUGCAAUAGACUGCUCGAGGCUGCACUCUAUAAAGGUCCCUGAAUCCGAUAUUGGAGCCCAUUUUGGUGCUUUACUGGAGAAUGAGGAAUGUUCUGAUAUUACUUUUAACGUGCAUGGCGAAAAGUUUCAUGCCCACAAAUUGGUAUUGGCCGCUCGUUCUCCUGUAUUUGAGAGUCAAUAUUUUGAUUCAUUGGAGGAAGAUAAUCCUGAAAUAGUUGUUACAGAUACAGAACCUAAGGUUUUCAAGGCGUUGCUUCACUUCAUCUACAAAGAUACUCUUAUUGAAGAUGAGGAGCUUUCCGUGUCAGCUUCAUCUUGCAUGUCAUCUAUAUACGAUACUUUGGUUGCUAGGCUGUUGGCAGCAGCGGACAAGUAUAACUUACCUAGACUCAGACUAAUGUGUGAAUCUGUACUCUGCAAGGAUAUAUCUGUAACUUCCGUCGCCAAGAUUCUUGCCCUGGCUGAUCGUUAUCAUGCUAUGGAUUUGAAAUCUGUUUGCCUAAAAUUUGCUGCAGAAAAUCUAGUAGCUGUCAUGUGCUCAGACGGUUUCGAGUAUCUUAAAGAGAACUGUCCAUUGCUACAGUCAGAACUCCUAAAGACAGUGGCAGGAUGGGAGGAGGACUUCAGUGGAGGGGGGAAGAGCCGAAGUGUAUGGGCACAGUUUUCAGAUGGGGAUGAUACAAAUGAGAGGAGUGUAAGGCGACAACUGUGGGAAAAUGGGGGGGAAAUAAGCCGGAGCUUGUGGGUCCAGCUUGAUGAGGGUGAUGGUAGCAGGAGCCCUGGGCUAGCAGAAUGAGAAAGAGAAGUGGGUGGGAGAAAGGGAGGGAAGGAAAAAGAAGUAAUCUUAUGGUAUCACUCAUACAAUUGGUUUUGCUUUUCAUUUGACGGCAAAAGAUGUCGUUAAAAGCCAAAAGUGUUCUAACAAGGAGCUUGUAUUUUGCCCUGAUGAAGGGGAAAAUGAAAAACUUGUAAUUUGUCAAGAGAAAUGGAUCAAAAGAGAGGGGAAAAAUCCCAAUCAUUUCAA